AUGGCGGAGCUGCCAAAGGGAAUGGAACAUGUCGACCGGAGAGAACUCUACAUUUCGCUACCUGCUAGAAUUCUCUACCUGCAGCAAUUCCUCGAGUUCGGAGCAGACGAUGUUGUCGCUUUGAUUGAUGGACAGAAAUACAUCAAGGCCAUUAUCCCGGCCGUUGUCAACCUGGUAUAUAAAAAGCUUCUCAAGCAUGACAUUACGGCGCGUGUCUUCAGCACGAGAGAUAGUCGCCGCGAGGAGAAUCCUGAAUAUUGGGUCAAAGAGGAAGAUGCUCAGAUCCGGCACAGAAAAAUGUUCUUGAGAUGGUACCUGACAAAACUCAACUCUGAUCCAAGUAAGAUGGAGUAUUGGCAGUACCUGGACAAAGUCGGGUUGAUGCAUGUCGGAAAAGGGCGCCAGAAUCCCCUUCAUGUCGACUAUGUCUUUCUCGGUGCUUGUCUUGGUUAUAUCCAAGACUUGAUGACGGAAGCAAUACUUUCACAUCCGCGACUGGAUCUUACGCGCAAGAUUGCAAUUGUCAAGGCCAUUGGGAAGGUUAUUUGGAUCCAGAAUGAUCUUAUGGCAAAAUGGCAUGUUGAGGAUGGCAAAGAAUUUCUGGAUUCCACCGUGGAUGAGGAAUUGCAAGCGGAAGCACGCGAACCAGAAGGAUACGUUCAUGGAAAGAGGGUUCUCGGUAACGGAAGUGAUGAUGAAAGCUCAACUGGAGGUAGAACGUCGUCAAUUUCUUCCGGCAAGAGUACCACGAGUCUCGGGCGGACAAGGGAGGAGGUUGACCGUGGUAACGAGGCAAGUAGAUGCCCGUUCAGUGGUAUGGUCAAUGGUGGAGACGAUAUGGAGAAGCAGCGGGCUACAGCAUGGCGACCGAGAAGAAGAGAGCCUGAAAGUCCUCCUCCACCCUCAGGAUUACCACGGUUGCACUUGGUUGAUGGGAAAACGGUUUGCAAAGAGAAACUUGAGCCAAAUCCGUUUGAAUAG